AUGAACACUAUGGAAACGAAACAGACAGGCGUGUUGGGGAAUUGCUGCGGAGCUGACGAUACAUAUUGGAUAAUCUGUGAUUUUGGUUUAGCAAGAGUAGAAGAGCCUGAUACAAGCAAGCAUAUGACACAAGAAGUAGUAACGCAGUACUAUAGGGCUCCUGAAAUCUUGAUGGGUGCAAAACAUUACUCAGCGGCUGUUGAUGUGUGGUCUGUAGGUUGUAUAUUUGGUGAAUUGUUAGGUCGUAGAAUAUUAUUUCAAGCGCAAAAUCCUGUGCAGCAGUUAGAACUUAUAACCGAAUUAUUAGGAACUCCAUCUUUAGAAGAUAUGAAAUAUGCUUGUGAGGGUGCCAAAUCACAUAUGUUGAGAAGAGCCCCGAAACCACCAUCACUGUCAGCUUUAUAUACACUUUCAUCUCAAGCAACGCAUGAAGUUGUUCAUCUAUUAUGCCAAAUGUUGGUAUUUGACCCUGUAUACUGGUUCCAUCUGGACAUGACACACAACUUUCUUCAGAAAGGCAAAGUUAUUAAAGUCAAUUUUUUCUUAAUAAUAAUUUCUAAUUUUGCCAGUCGCCACUAAAGGCAUCACAUAUAAAUUGCUGUUUUCAAUCAAAAGAGAUGGAUAUUUUAACAAUGUGGAUUUUACUGCAUAAAAUUAUAUAAAACCUAAAGUAUGCAUACCUAGUUUUUAAUUUUGAGAUAUACCAGUG